AUCAGCGGAAGUCACGUCACGCGACGCGUCUUUUGCCCGCCGGCGAAACCGCGUGUAGUGCGCUCCGGACAAGUGAUGCCAUGUGAUACGUGUUCUGUGGUGAUACCGUCAUUUAUGGUCGAGGGUCCUAGUAGUUUGCGUCCACGCGCAUCGCUCACUGUUAAGUCAAGCCCAACAGUUAAUUUUUCAAAAUUUUUGCGAUGACGCACAACGAAGAACGGACGCACUGGUUCAAGGAAGGAGCUAUCGGCUUGGGCGUCGGCGUGCUCUAUGGAGUCACCAACGUGUGCGUCGGGCAUCCGUUCGACACAAUUAAGACAAAAAUGCAGGCUCAAGCCGGCUUCGAGAGCUGCAGCAUGUACCAGUCCUUCCGGAAAACGCUCAGGACCGGCGGCGUCGUCGGGCUCUACAGGGGCUGCGUCCCACCACUUCUGGGAUCUGGGAUCUACCGUUCCGUUCAGUUCGCCGUUUUUGAAGCUGCGUACACAUACCUUGACAACACUGUGUGCACGAGCCAAAUUCCACUCACAGCAGGACUGCAGACGAGGGUCGUAAUCGGAGGUGUCAUUGCAUCUACAGCCCGAGCCAUCAUCGAGUGCCCCUUAGAAUAUGCUAAGAUAAGCCGCCAGAUUGGCCAGACAUGGACAUUACGCAAAGUUUACACGGGAUUUGGUGUGACAUGGAUGCGAACAGUGGGUCUCAUGACGUCUUACUUCAUCUUCCUCGACUCGGGGCGGCGCAACUUCAACGAGUACUUCCAGCGACCCCUGCUGGGACCCUUUCUCAUCUCGGGCCUGGCAGCAACGGCGGCCUGGUGGAUUGUCUGGCCACUCGAGUACAUGAAGUCACAAGUACAGGGCCACUAUGGACAAAAUGUGUCCCUCCUCCAGCGAAUGAAGUCCAUCUACAGGCAGAAAGGUGGCUUCACGGCCAUGUACCGUGGUCUUGCUCCUGGCUCCAUCCGAAGCUUCCUCGCCAAUGGGACCAGCAUGAUUGUGAUGAGCUACGCGCAGCGGAAGGUCACCGAACUGGGCCUUCGGGAUUGACACAUUUGCAAACUGCUACACCAGACUGCAUUUCUUUGCACAGUGUGCUUCACUGCAAAUCCUUACAGCAUUUUACACUGUUAAGUGUCGGGUCAUUUUUUGGGUAUGCUGGUUUACGAGAGCUGUGCCUUUUUUUUUUGUGUCUGGACUUUCUUGUUCAGCUUAGAGCAGUGGACGUUUUCUAUGCUUUAGUCAUGUGCACAAUCAACGGACCAAUUUUUUCAAUGGUGCUUUGGUAUUUUUUCUUGCAUAUCCAUUUGGCAGAUUCUGCAGAGAGGUGCCUUGUUUUCUAUGCUUUCUCUGUAGCUGUGCACUUUUUGGCAGCUGUUGUUUACCAUGUGUUUUAUGCAUACAUGUCUAAGGGAGCCCACAGUGCCUGGCCAGACUGAAAGGCCAUUCUUUUACAGAUGGGCAAUGCUUUGCAAAGUUAGGGAUUCACAUUUUCUGGUCAUCCUGUAUGUUUCCAAGUGUUUCUGCUCGGUGUGUCUUAAACAUUGAGAACAGUGGUG